AUGAGUUCCUUGUCAAAGUUUUUCAAGUCGAAAAAAAAUGAGAAAGCAGAGACGCAAACAGCUAUCCAGAAGCUUAGGGAUACGCAUGAAAUGCUUACAAAGAAAUCGAAUUUCCUCGAAGGGAAAAUUGAAGAGCAAAUAGCUGUGGCUAGAAAACAUGGUCUUAAAAAUAAAAGAUUGGCUCUUCAGGCUUUGGCUAGGAAAAGGAACUAUGAGAAACAGCUUGCCCAGAUUGAUGGAACUCUUAAUACAAUUGAUAGCCAUAUAGAAGCUUUGGAGAAUGCUGGAACUAACGUUGAGGUUCUAAAUGCUAUGCGAUAUGGAUCAAAUGCCCUAAAAAAUGUUCACAAGAACAUGACAGCAGACGACGUCCAAAAUAUUAUGGAUGAUAUCCAAGAGCAACGUGACACUUGUCAAGAAAUUUCGAACGUAAUAUCUACUCCUAUGGGUCUCAAUGCAGACUACGAUGAAGAUGACCUUCUACGCGAGCUUGAGGACCUCGAGGCUGAAGGAGUUGAACAACAACUAUUGGAUAUCAAUCGGUUGCCUGAAUUGCCUGCUGUCCCAGAUUCCGAUUUAUCAGUACCUACCGCAUCUCGUCAGAAUGCACCAAGUAAGAAAAAAGUGGAGGAGGAUGAUAUUGGAGCACUCGCUGAAUGGGCUAAUUGAUAAUACUUGUCAUUAUCUCAUCAUUAUUUGGAUUCAGAAACUACGAAAAGAAUGAAUUCAUCUCAUAUUUCUUUCUCACGUGUUGUAUGUAUAAUGUAGACAUCUUCUUGUAUGCCUGAGAGAGUUAUCCAACUCUCGUCGAUUUUUUGUGAAAUUUACUUCUGAUUAUAUUUGAUAAAUAAUUU